CAGAAAAACAAAACUGAAAACGAAAGAAAAUUUUGUCAACAUCCCGUGAAUUUCAUAAUCCAAAAAACUUUCUAACUUUUUUUUUUGAUUUAUAAAUAUGUCGAUUCUCACUUCAAUUUCCUCAAUUUCAAGUUCAAUUUUGGUGGAGUUUCUUUUGAAUGGAUUUGAUUACUAAAAAAUCAUCAUCUACAAAUACAAAUUCUGAUCCUGUUGCUUUUUCUUCUUCUUCAAGUCCAACUUCUAAGAAUUCGUUUACUGUUAGUUCAUCUUCUGCGUUGUCUUCUGCAAAUAUGUAUCCGUCGUUUAAUAGUAGAUCAUUAUCGUCGAAGAAUUUGACAGCGAGUAAGUUUCAACCAAAGAUUGUCAAAGGCGAUGGUGGUUAUGUCCUUGAGGAUGUUCCUCAUUUCACUGAUUAUAUCUCUGCUGAUGAUGAUCUUCGUACUUACCCAAAUCCAUUGCAGGACAAUCCUGCUUAUGCAGUAGUCAAGCAGUAUUUUGUUGAUGUUGAUGACACUGUAGCUCAACAGACUGUUCAAACAAGGACUAGUGAAAGAGGAAUACAUUUUCGGCGAGCUGGACCACGGGAAAAGGUGUAUUUUGAAUCCGAUGAAGUGCACGCUUGUAUCGUAACAUGUGGUGGAUUAUGCCCUGGACUUAACACGGUGAUUCGGGAGAUUGUAUGUGGUCUUUACCAUAUGUAUGGCGCCACAAGAAUAUUAGGAAUUGAGGGUGGAUACAGGGGUUUCUAUGCUCGAAAUACAGUUCCAUUGACACCAAAGGUUGUAAAUGACAUCCACAAGCGGGGUGGAACUAUUCUGGGGACAUCAAGAGGUGGCCAUGAUACCUCAAAGAUAGUUGACAGCAUUCAAGACCGGGGUAUUAACCAGGUGUACAUCAUAGGAGGAGAUGGAACCCAGAAAGGAGCAUCAGUGAUUUAUGAGGAAAUCAAAAGACGUGGUCUCAAAGUUGCAGUUGUCGGAAUACCGAAGACGAUUGAUAAUGAUAUUGCGAUAAUUGACAGAUCAUUCGGUUUUGACACUGCUGUUGAAGAGGCUCAACGUGCCAUUAAUGCCGCACAUGUUGAAUCUGAAAGUAUCGAGAAUGGUGUAGGUCUUGUGAAGCUAAUGGGUCGUCACAGUGGGUUCAUUGCAAUGUAUGCUACUCUUGCCAGCCGAGAUGUGGAUUGUUGCUUGAUUCCUGAAUCGCCCUUUUAUCUUGAAGGACCAGGGGGACUUUUUGAAUACAUGGAAAAACGGCUAAAAGAAAAUGGACACAUGGUUAUUGUGAUAGCUGAAGGUGCGGGACAGGAGAUGCUUACUGAAAGCAUGCGCUCGAUGGACCAACAAGAUGCUUCAGGAAACAAGUUACUCCAAGAUGUUGGACUUUGGAUAUCUCAGAGAAUAAAGGAUCACUUCAAAAGAAGACAUAAGAUGGUCAUAAAUCUCAAGUAUAUAGAUCCUACUUAUAUGAUCCGCGCUGUUCCUAGUAAUGCCUCAGACAAUGUCUAUUGCACACUUCUUGCUCAAAGUGCUGUUCAUGGAGCAAUGGCAGGGUACACAGGCUUCAUCGUCGGACCUGUCAAUGGGAGACAUGCGUAUAUUCCAUUUUAUCGUGUAACUGAAAAACAAAACAACGUCGUAAUAACCGACAGAAUGUGGGCUAGGCUUUUGUCAUCAACCCACCAGCCAAGCUUCUCAAGCCUCAAUGAUAUUGUAGAGGAAAAGGAGGACGAGAAAGAAGAACCAACUACCACAACAAAGAAUAACCUGCCGAAUGGUCUGCAGAAUGGUGUUGUGAGCAAAGACAUCAGCACUGCAAGGUGAAAUGUGUGAUCUGCAGUGUGGUUUAGUAGUUUUAUAAGGUUCUCUUAAUUCAACCCAAUUUCCCCAAACAGUAUUGUGUAGUCUCUGAGGACAUGAAAUGGUUGUAAUAUAAACGUUGCAGUCCUCUAGAAUAAGUAACUCCCUUUACUUUAUGCCGAGAAACUUUUAUCUAGUAGAAGAGAAGCUGUACUUGAGUUUUCUUUGGCUUAAGUUAUAUCAAGCCUAUACAGGCAAUAGAUUUCAGUGCUCUUUUAUCACCCAGCGUUUGCAAUUUGUUUUUGGAAAUUACAAGUAUCUUUUGACUGCA